AUGUCGCACAACAUAUCCUUGUUGAAGCCAAAAUUCACUCCAUCAUCACCAACUGCCGUCAAGCACAACUCACUGGAGUCCACUCACUACUCCUCCACAUCUCCGGGAACAGAGGGCUCGCCACCAUCAGGCUCCGACCCGCUACAUCCUAACGCUAAGACAACCACCACUACUCAAAGUAACGGUGCCACUACUACCAAACAAAAUAUGUCUACGCCCACGUGCAAAAACUGUAAGACUCAGACCACCCCAUUAUGGAGAAGAGACGAAACUGGUCAGGUGCUUUGCAAUGCUUGUGGUCUGUUCCUUAAACUUCACGGCCGUCCACGGCCUAUCUCUUUGAAAAGUGACGUGAUCAAGUCGAGGAACAGAGUCAAACACAACAAUUCAAAAUCGAAUCCGAACACUCCUGAACUCAAGGCUAAAGAUUCGUCUUCGAAUGGCAAGGUUACUAAGUUUUCUCCCAAACAAUACAAACCAAACACGAAAACACAAGGUGGCCAAUCCAAAGAGUCCUCUCCAAUUUUGAAUUCUACAACCAACGGAUCGAAUUCACAGGUUGAUAAUAAGUCCCCUGUGAUCUUACCACUUUUGCCUCGCAAUCAACAAGACUCAAAUGGACAGCAAUCUCCAGGUAACCAGUACUCAUACUCAUCCACAAACCCAUGGCUCAAUAAAAACCAGAACAAUGUACAGCCUUUACAUUAUCCUGCGUCUGCUCCAACGCAGUAUGCUGGCAAUCUGGCCAAGGUCACGUCGCCGUUACUGUUGUCGACUGGUUCCGGCAACGUGUCAACUCCUCAAUACAACCACCCGCAAUCCUCAGAGAGGUCGAGCAAUCAGAAUCUGGGUAGAGAGGCCAUGCUACAUGCCGCUGGGGCACUGGAAACGCUGAGUCAACAAAGCUCCAGCGACAAAAUUCCAGGCAUGAAACUCGACAGCGAAUUGUCCAAUAGGCCUUCGUCCCCUCCACAGAAAUUACCUUCUAUUUCCAGCAUCAGUAAGCCUUACUCUCCUGCUACGGAACUCAAUAACCAUGCCACUCCUCCAUUCGGACCCACAAAGCUGACGUCGUUGGACCAUGGACACCAGCCAACUCCGUUGCAGUCGAUUCUGUCACCUAGUUUUGGCCCUCAGUACUCACUCAACAACUCAUCCUCUCAAUUCGUUCCGAACGGGUCUGAGAAGUUGCCUCCACUGAAAAACUUCCCAGUGAACGGCGGCAUGCAGAGUUCCAACCAGAAGAUGUCACCACUGGUCAUGCCUGCAGAUUCUAAACCUGCCAGCAGAGGUUAUUCGCAACAGAUGGAGCAAAGAAGCCAUUCGAACAUGUCUUCAUCAGAGGAUCUCCGGACAAGAAUUUCAGAACUUGAACUCGUCAACGAUUUAUACAAAACACGGAUUUCAGAGUUGGAAGCUAUGGAUGCUGCUUCGAAACAGAGAGAAGCUCUGUUGAAGAGACGUAUUGAAGAGCUUACAGACCUAGUCAAACAAAGAGAUGCCUCCAAGAAACAUGCGGAGCAACGUUACCAUGCUCACCAGCAGGGAAAUGAAGCCAAGCGUUUGAAAGUGGAACCUAACUAA